UUCAUUCCUCCACUCAUUGCUUGUUGCUUGAGCAGUUAAUUAUGGUUUUAUGUUUUGCUGUGCACUAUGUAAUUUUCUGUAUUUAAAUAUUAAACAAUAAUAUAUUACAAACAUGAAAAAAUAAAUAGAUUAUAUUAUUUGUCAUUAUAACAAAAAUAGGUAUUAAUUAACAAUUAUCUAGUCAUUUUAUAUUUAAAUUAAUUAAUAUAGAAAGAUAAACUUUCAACAGACUUCAUUUAUUUUUGAAAAUACUUUUUAAAACUGUUUUGUCUAUAACUGUUCAAGAUGCUUAGGCUUUCAAAAGCACUAAAAAAACACGGAGCAAAUAUUCGUGGCUUUAGCGUUUUGAAAGCUAAAACACCAUAUGACACUAUUUUUAAAGUUGGGCAAGAAAUAGAAGGCUUUGUUGUAAAAGAAGUCAGGCCUGUUGCUGACUUUCAGCUCACUGCAUUGCGUCUCGAACACCAGAAAUCUGGGGCAGAUUAUCUGCAUAUUGAUAGAAACGAUACUAACAAUGUUUUUAGUGUCGCAUUUCGUACAACACCAAAACAGUCUAAUGGAUUACCACAUAUUCUUGAACAUACUACUUUAUGUGGUAGUAAAAAAUUUCCGUGUCGUGAUCCAUUUUUUAAAAUGCUCAAUCGUUCUAUGGCAAAUUUCAUGAAUGCCAUGACUGCACCUGAUUAUACCUUUUAUCCAUUUUGUACUGAAAACCAAUCCGAUUAUUAUAACCUUAUGGCGGUGUAUUUAGAUGCUGUUUUUAAUCCGAUGUUACGAGAAUCUGAUUUUCGUCAAGAAGGAUGGCGUUUAGAACAUAAAGAUGUGGACGAUAAAAAUUCUCCAAUAGAAAUAAAAGGGGUUGUUUAUAAUGAAAUGAAAGGUGUGUAUUCAGAUAAUCAACAAAUUUACAAUGAACAUUUUCUGAAUAACAUUUUACCAAGUAAUACAUAUGGUAUCAAUUCAGGUGGUGAUCCUAAUGUUAUACCAUCUUUAACUCAUUCUGAUCUUGUUGCUUUUCAUCAUAGAUAUUAUCAUCCAAGUAAUAGCCGUUUCUAUUCUUACGGUAAUUUUAACUUAGAAAAUCAUCUUAGAUUUUUAAACGAUACAUUUUUAAAAGAUUGUCUAGCAGAUCCAUCUAUUAAAGUUGAAACAAAGGUUCCAAAUGAAAAACGUUGGGCAACAUCUAAACGUGCACACGUUGCUUGUAGAGAAGAUCCAAUGGUGCCUAAGGAUAAACAAUCAUCUUUAAGUAUUGGCACCCUUUGGAGCGAUAUAACUAAUACGCAAGAAACCUUUGAGCUAGCCAUACUUUCAAGAUUAUUAUUAAAUGGACCUAAUGCUAAGUUUUAUAAAACUCUCAUAGAACCAAACAUUGGAACAGAUUUCAGUGCUGCAACUGGUUUUACAGAUCAAACAAGAGAUUCAUUUUUUGCAGUAGGGCUUCAGGGGUUAAAUAUAUCAGAUUUUGAACGAGUGGAAUCAAUUUACGAAGAUACAAUUAAAUCAAUCAUUAAUGAAGGUUUUGAUAACCGUGAUAUCGAUAAUAUUUUACACUCAGUUGAACUGUCUAUGAGGCAUCAGACUUCAAAUUUUGGAUUACAACUCUUAUAUGGUACACUGCCCAUUUGGAAUCAUGAUGGUAAUAUACUAGAUUCAAUGUGUGUCAGUGAAAAGAUAGAUGAAUUUAAGAAAAAGCUGUCUAAUCAUCCUAAUUAUUUACAAUCACUAGUUGAUAAGUAUUUGUUGAAUAAUAAUCACAAACUUGUAAUGACAAUGUCACCAGAAAACAAUUUUGAAGAACUUAGAAAAGAAAAUGAAGACAAGCUUCUAAAAGAAAAAAUGACUCCUUUAUCUGAUGUAGACAAAGAGAACAUUUAUGUACAAGGUUUGGACCUUCGAAAGCAACAAGAUGCAACACAAGAUGUCACAUGUUUACCAUCUUUGAGCCUUAAUGAUUUAAAAAAGACAACUGAUUCUGUACCACUCAUUAAAGAAAACAUAAAUAACACUCCGGUUUUCAUAUUUCCACAACCAACUAAUCAAGUGACUUACUUUAGAAGUUUAAUAAACACAUCACAUUUAUCUGAUGAUUUAAAAACUCUAAUUCCACUAUUUUGUAAUAUUGUUACCAGAAUGGGUACUAAAUCUAUGGACUUCAGACAGUUUGACCAAUUGGUGAGGAAAUCCACUGGGGGUUUACAAGUGUCCCAAUCAAUUAUAGAUUCGCCUUUAAAUUUAUUCAACAUGAAAGAAAGUAUUAUUCUAAACUCUCAUUGUUUGGACAAAAAUGUUGAUGAAAUGUUUGAUUUGUGGAAACAAAUAUUUACACAAGUAACUUUUGAAGAUGAAAACAGAUUUAAAACUCUUUUACAAGAAGAGGCAAGUAGUUUGGCCAACAGUAUUUCAGGUAGUGGACAUAUGUAUGCAAUGCUGUGUGCAACUGCUGGUAUUAAUCCAAUUGAUGCUCAACGUGAAACAUAUGGUGGACUCCAAUAUGUUAGUACCAUGAAAAAAAUUGCCCAGAUUGAUGAUUUAACACCAAUACUGAAAAAACUAGAAGAAAUCGGUACAAAAAUAUUGAACAAAAAUACUAUGAAAUGUUCAUUAACCAUAGUAGAAAACAACUCUACAGCAGUUAAAGGUCUGGAAGGUUUUCUUAACACAAUUGCCGGAAAUUGGGAUCAGUCAAAUGAAUAUAAUAAAAUUGAUAAACAAGAUGACAAUGUAAAAUGUUUCCAUCAUGUGUUACCGUUUUCCGUUAAUUAUUGUGCAAAAGCUUUACCAGGUGUUCAUUACGCUCAUAAAGAUUUUGCUCCAUUGAAAGUUCUUUGCAAAUAUAUAAGCUCGAAAUAUUUAUUGCCUACAGUGAGAGAAAAAAAUGGAGCUUAUGGUUCUGGUGCCUCGCUGAGUAUGUCUGGAAGUAUUCAAAUGUUCUCCUACAGAGACCCAAAACCAAUUGAGACAUUUGAAGCCUUUGAUGGUGCUUGUAAUUGGGUAAAUAAUAGAAAAAUAACAAUUGAAGAAUUGAAUGAAGCAAAAUUAGCUAUAUUUCAAGGAAUUGACCAUCCAGUUGCACCAAUGUCAAAAGGUAAUGCAUUAUUUUUCAAUGAUAUGGACCAACAAAUUAGACAAGAACACAGAAAUCAAAUCAUGAAUGUAAAAAUUGAAGAUCUUGUAAAUGUAGCUAAUUUAUAUUUUUCAAAUACAAAUUUUGCUAAAGCUCUAAUUGGUCCAGCAAAUAAUGACAUUCAUUCAGGAACUAAUUGGAACGUGACCAACCACGAAGACUUAUAAAAUCAUAUUAUUAUAUUAAAAUAUAUGUAUUAAAUCAGCAAUGAACUAUGUUUAUUAAUGUUAUUCAUUUUAGAAAUAAAUUGUUUUUUUUUUUUUUUAUAAUAUAAUUUACUACAACUAAAGAUAGUAUAAGUUUUGAGGCUAAAUAAAAUUUGAUGAAUUUUCAGUUAAA